GAUAGCUCAAGUUAAUUUUAUAGUUUAUAAAAAUAUAAUAGUUGUUAUUGAUCAUAAUUAUUAACGAUCAACGAUUAACGAUAAUCAACGAUCAACUUUAUAAAACUCAUUGUUGGAAGGAACGUAUUGAUGAAACUAAAAUUCGGAAUUCACUUGACUACAUUCAAUUUAUGGAACUUCAAAGUGUAAAAAAAUGUUUUAUAAAAUGUAUUAGUAUUGAAGUCUUGAAUAGUUGUUAUUGAUAAUUAUUAACGAUCAACGAUUAACGAUAAUCAACGAUCAACUUUAUAAAACUCAUUGUUGGAAGGAACGUAUUGAUGAAACUAAAAUUCGGAAUUCACUUGACUACAUUCAAUUUAUGGAAUUUCAUGGUGUAAAAAACUGUUUUAUAAAAUGUUUUAGAAUUGAAGUCUUGAAUGUGGUGGCUGAGUUGAUAAUAUUCAGUGAAAAUGGUUGACGGAUUAGAUAUUGAGUUUGUCUCGUUAGUGCAAUAUGGUGAAAAAAGGACGCCACAACGACGUCUACUGCGCGAUUCCAAGACGCAUGCGCUGACCCUGCACAAUGCCUCUCGAUUCAGUAACCACUGGUUCAUACUUCUGUCGGAUGCAUUUGUGCACAUUUCGGGCGCCACGCAGACCAUCCACUCGCUCGACACUCUGUGGGUCGAACCUGCUCAGGAUACCGAUAAUUCACAGAACGGGCUGCUAAUAACCACACCGGAAGACAGCCUUCAGCUGGUGGCGCCAUCUGCCCACGAGAAGGUGGACUGGAUGGUGGCGUUGCAGGAUGCUCUCAAGAAGAGGUUGAGCCGAAGUCCGGUGCCUACUGUUAGAAACGCCUCCUAUACGUUCACCAAACAUGCACCUACAAGGAUGCCACCUAUAUGGGCCGUUGGGUGUCGGGCAAGCUGGAAGGCAAGGGCAGACUGGAAUGGACGGAUGGGCGCUGGUAUGUGGGUAUGUUCAGGUGCAACCAGUUGCAUGGGCCCGGACGCAUGCACACGCCCAACCACUGCGAGUAUGACGGACAGUGGCGAGACGGACUGCAGAACGGAUACGGAUGCACCAAAUACCAGAACGGUGACGUGUAUGAAGGCUACUACAAGGACGGUCUAGCCUGUGGCUACGGCACAUUGAAGAGCGGUCAUUUCAUGACGAAUUCGGCCUACACAUAUUGCGGCGAGUGGGUGGCCGGCCAAAAGCAGGGCUAUGGUGUUAUGGAUGACAUCACCACUGGGGAGAAAUAUAUGGGCUGCUGGAAUAAUAACGUGCGAAACGGCAAUGGACUGAUUAUAACAAGGGAUGGCAUCUAAUAUGAAGGCAUUUUCUCUCAAAACGAGUUGACU